AUGGCUGAAGAAAAUCCAGAGGGUUUCAAUCGAUCCUCUAGUGGAGCACAACUGGGAUCCAUGGAUGUGCAUCAAAUUGCAAGCUUUCUUAAUCAAUUGUCCACAUUACAAGCUCAAAUCUCCAAAGCUAGUUCAAGUCCGAUUUCAGAUCCCGCAAGUCCCUACUUCAUACAUCCUGGUGAGAGUUCUGGUUCGCCUCUGAUAUCAAUUACUCUAAAUACAAAUAAUUACCAUAGCUGGAGUAGAGCAAUGCUGUUAGCAUUAAAAUCAAAGAAUAAAUUAAAAUUCAUAGAUGGUUCAAUAAAGAAGCCAGAUCCAACAGAUGCAUUGUUUGAGGCAUGGGAAAGAUGCAAUACAUUUAUUGUCUUGUGGAUUAAUCUGUCUUUGAGUUCUGAAAUUUCUGAAAGUGUGAUUUGGAAUAAUGUUGCCUCUGAUCUGUGGAGAGAUUUGGAACAUAGAUAUUGUCAGGGAGAUCGAUUUCGAGUGGCUGAGUUAGAGGAAGAGAUGUACCAAAUGAGAUAA